GCCCACGCCGCGGUCCUAGCGCGCGCCCGGAGCGGAGCCCCCCCAAAGGUCCAGAGCUGCCGCCGCCACCUCAGAUGCCCCCGUCCCAGCUGUGGACGUCCCCUCCAGACCCCCCGAAGGCGUCCCCGUCACCGGGCCCAGAGCUGUCACCACCACCACCCGCUCCCGCGGUGUCACCGUCACCCCCUCCCGCGGUGCCACCACCACCAGGGCUGCAUCCAAAGCCACCGGAAGUGCCACCGCCUCCACGGACGCCUCAGAAACCACCGUCGACGCGGUGACGACCACCGGAGGUGCGAUGGACGCCUCCAAAAGCACCGCCGGUGCAGCCACGGCCUCCGGAGGUGUCACCACCAGAGGUGCCACCACCAGAAGUGCCACCUCCAGAGGUACCGCCGGCCGGGCGACAACCAGCAGAGCUACAACCGCCAAAGGUCCGACCACCAGAGCUACCGCCGGAGCUACCAGAACCGGAGGUACCGCCGCCAGAGCUGCAACCACCAGAGCUACCGCCGCCAGAGGUGCGACAACCAGAGGUGUGACAACCGCCGGAGGUACAACCGGAGCUACAACCGGAGGUGUGCCCGGAGGUAUCACCGUCAGAGGUCCCACCGGAGGCCCCACCGGAGGUACCAUCGGAGGUACCAUUGGAUGCGUUGGAGGUACCGUCAGAGGAGCCAUUGGAGGAACCGCUGGAGGUACCAUCGGAGGUACCAUCGGAGGAACCAUCGGAGGUACCACCGGAGAUACCAUCGGAGGAACCAUCGGAGGAACCAUCAGAGGAACCAUCGGAGAUACCAUUGGAGGAACCAUCAGAGGUACCAUUGGAGAUACCACCGGAGGUACCAUUGGAGGUACCAUUGGAGAUACCAUUGGAGGUACCAUCGGAGGUACCAUUGGAGAUACCAUCAGAAGAACCAUCGGAGGAACCAUUGGAGAUACCAUUGGAGAUACCACUGGAGGUACCACUGGAGGAACCAUCAGAGAUACCAUUGGAGGAACCGCUGGAGGAACCAUUGGAGAUACCACCGGAGGAACCAUCGGAGGUACCAUUGGAGGAACCAUCAGAGGUACCACCAGAGGAACCAUCAGAGAUACCAUUGGAGGAACCACCGGAGAAACCAUCAGAGGUACCAUUGGAGAUACCAUCAGAGGAACCAUCGGAGGUACCAUCAGAGGUACCAUGAGAGGAGCCAUUGGAGGUACUGUUGGAGAUACCACCAGAGGAACCACCGGAGGUACCAUCAGAGGAACCAUCGGAGGUACCAUCGGAGAUACCAUCAGAGGAACCACCGGAGGAACCAUUGGAGGAACCACCAGAGGAACCAUUGGAGAUACCACCGGAAGAACCACCGCAGCCUCACCCGGCGCGACCACCGACAGCACAACCGGCGUCGAUACCACCGGAGAGACAACUGGGGGCGAUACCACCACCACCACCACCACCCGCGGUGACCCCAAACCCCUCCCAGACCCCACCACCACCAGCCCACCAUCCACCCCUCCAGGUGACCCCAAACCCCCCCCGGACCCCCCCUCCCACCCCUCCGAGUGAC